CACUUUCUCAGGGCCGCGGUGAGGCACAGCUGCUGCCUGGCAGGACUGGGGAAUGCGAGGCUCCAGAUUGAGGCCGACGUAGUAUGUUCUGAGCCUCCCACAAGCGACUGCAGCCUCAUCAUGUGUUGUGUGACUGGAACACCCCCAGAGUGAAGGAAACCAGGAAGGGGGAAGGGCGAGACAAGGUGCCAUCUGGUGCCCUGUGUGGUAGUGGUGGUGGUGGCUCUGGCACUCUGACCCUGGCUGGCCCUGAGACUUUCUCAGGUGUAUUUUAUCAGAAUGGCGGACAAACUUGGUCUUGAUGGUCAAGUAAAGGAUCUGAAAUUGGGGGAGACCUUCAAUAAGAGCUACAAGGAUGGAGCAUUCCACACCAUUCGCUAUGACUUCAAACCAGCCAGUGUCGACAAACAGAAGAUGGGAACAGUAGAGGUGGAAGGCAACCACCAGGUGACAGUAACAGUGCCUCAUGUGGAGGGUUCUGGUACCAAUCAGACAGUGUUCAAGGGGAACCACAAGCCUGUUGCCAAGGAGUGUAUCCUAAUUAUCGAUCAUGUUACUGGAGAGAUUGUGCUGGAGCGCAUUUCUCAGGCUAUUAGUGUUAAGACAACAAGACCUGAGGGAAGCAGCAGGAUUCCAGCCCAACGUCCCACAACACCUUUGGACCCUCCUUCACGGAAAAAUUCCCCACCCCAAAAGUGUUCCCCAUCCCACCCACCAUCACGGGGCUCUGCAAAUUCCCUGUCACGGCCAUCUCCUUCCCAUGGCAAGUUCUCCCCAUCAGCCAAAACUUCACCUCGUGCCAGGUCACCUGCACCGAGUAAAAGCCCUAACUAUUCAAUGCCUAGUUUGGCGGAAUUGGAUAGCGUAUGCAUGGACAGAAAGGAGGUUUCUGAGUCUUCAAGUGAUUCAGAUUCCAAUAGUAGUUCCUCAUCAGGUAGUGAUUCAGACUCAGAUUCUGAGCCUGAACAAGAUACAGUCUCCAAGAAAACUAAUGGUCAUGGGACCAUUGCAGGUGGAGACAACAUGCCUAACGGAAGUGAUCUUAUCGAUGACUUGGAAUUGUCUUCUGUUUCUGAAGACAGUGACUGAUAGAGGAGUCUAUGAGUGCUGUUGUCUUGGUGUUCACUCAUACACUGUCACAUGAGCUUUCUUUAUACUAAAAUUCAGAUCAAGCUAUGCUUAUCUAGUUUACUAGAAUAAAGUGAAUAAAUCAAAUUUUUCAGAAUCACAAUUAUUCUUGAGCUCAAUAUUAAGAUGCCAUUAUCAGGCACAUUUUGAGUAUGAUUACUAAAGGAAACCCAUCUGAAUGUUACACACACACACACACACACACACACACACACACACACACACACACACACACACACACACACACACACACACACACACACACUAUUCUGGUAAAUAUCUUCAUAAAAUUUGAACUUUUAUUUCAUUAAUUUAGACCACAUAAUUUCCUGUGCCUCUUUAACUAAAAUAUUAUUAGGGUUCAGGAAUCAAGUUACCAAAGUAGCAACAAACACAGAUUGAUUCACUGAUGUUCUAGUGAUAAGAGGAAUUGGGAUUAGAAUACCAUCGUCAGUAACAAUUUUUCAUUAAGUGCAUGUUUCUCCUACUCCAGUCAAAUAGAAGGGGGAACUUUCAAUUAUGACAAAAAACCUCCAAGGAAGUGGCUGUUUUAUGGUCACUUUGGGAGUGUUCAUACAGUCAUCUCAGUAGUAGUUGUUCUUACUGAUGACUUAAUAAUAAAAUAAAGAAAGAAAUGUUUUUAUUUUUAACCUUAAAUAUGCUUUUCACUGUAGCAUGGGUUAAGAAAAUUGUCACUGUAUUCCUUGCAUGGCAUAAGGGUGGACUAACAGGAAUGGAAUAAGGGGCCUAGGAAGCCCAUUCUCUGUAUGGCAUACUAUGAAAAGACAAAUUUUUGCUAUUCACAUCUACUUAUGCAUUUAUGAACAGUUAGGCCAGAAAAUACAAGGAAACCUUCCAUAAUGUACCAAUAGAGUUGCUUAGUUUCAAAUCUUCUCUCACUAGCUUCUAACCCAUAAUGUAAAAUGUGUUGUGAAUAAUUGGUUUGUGGUUCUUGUCUGAUUUCCCCACUGCCAAUAUGAAAGAAGAAGUAAUGCUCUCUCUCUCUCUCUCUCUCUCUCUCUCUCUCUCUCUCUCUCUCUCUCUCUCUCUCUCUCUCUCUCUCUCUCUCUCUC